AGGAGUUGCGUCCCGUUCGCACGGCGUCGAAGCAACGUCGGCGACCAACGUCAGCGACAUCUUCUCACCCCGUACGUUUCCUGGGGGUCGACGAGCAGCUCUCCUUCAGGCCGCUACGGCCGCCCUCGGAACCGACCCCUGCCUUGUAUUUUGCUCACCCUGCGAAAGCGACGAUGGCUGACAGCGAAUUCGAGGAGUUCCGGCACUACUUCGAGAGGCUGCCCCAACAUCUGAAGGCCCCGCUUUCCAACUACACGCUCGUACAUGAUGUGAUGAUCGAUGAUUCGCCAACGUCUUCGCAAGGAAGCGACGGAGACGUUGGUAGAUCCUGUGAUGUCGUUACCGGCGACUCCGAGGAUGAGGAAGUCGUCGUCAUCCAUCGACAUGAUGACCAAAGCGGGCAUACUACCCCUGAUGACAGCGAGGAGUUGGACCACCACUGUUCGAUCAUAGCUGAUAGCGAUUUUAGGUUGGUAACAUCCCUGUUCGGUGGACUGAGCAGCAGGGGUCGAUCAGUAGGCGGUGGUGGACCAGGACCGGGCGGGGGUGGUUCUGCUGUAUCCGGCAACGGUGGUCGGGAUAGUGUCGUCAGCGAUGUCGGCGACUCGUGUUCCAGUUUGAGCUCCUGGCCUACGCCGGAGCACGUGCCGUCGAAUCGACCCGGAAGCGGAGGUACAGAGCGCAGACGUCGAAGAUUGCCGGAAAUUCCGAAAAAUAAGAAAUCUAUGCCCAUGUGCCAGACGUCUAUGCAGACGUCAACUUCUCUGGCAGAUGAACUAAAUGCUGCCACCGGCUCAACAUCGGCCCGGCCUCAUCUUAUCCUGAGAAAAUGUCAUCCCAGACUUCGCCACGAAGACAGUUCUCCUGACAGUGAGAGAAUGGCCACCGACAGUGGUCAUUCCACCGCUCACUCACCUGAAAACGGACCCAAAAGCGUAUCUCCCAUACCUUGCAAUACCUUGCAAAACACGGAUUCGGUAUCACCUAGUAGUACCCCAGGAAGCGGAGGCGUACCGUUCACCCAACUAGAACUGCUCGAAGCAACGCAUCGAGGCCUGCACAAGUUCAUACCGCGGCAUCACGAUGAAAUUGAUCUUGAAAUCGGAGAUCCUAUAUACGUGCAAAAGGAGGCUGAUGACCUAUGGUGCGAAGGAGUAAAUUUGAGGACAGGCCGACAAGGUAUCUUUCCAUCGGCUUAUGCGGUUGACAUGGACUACAGUGACUUCGAUCCCACCGCACCCAAAGUGAAGAGAGAAAGAUAUCUUCUGGGUUACCUAGGCUCGGUAGAGACCCUGGCGCACAAGGGUACAGGGGUGGUUUGCCAGGCUGUACGGAGGAUCUUACGCAACUCCUUGCAAGAUCCACCUAUCUCGCAAAGCUGCAUCUUGGAAGUAUCCGAUCAAGGUCUUCGAAUGGUCGAUAGAAGUAAACCAAGAAAAAGUCAAGGUCCUUGUCACGACUAUUUCUACUCCCUGAAGAAUGUGUCAUUCUGUGCGUUUCACCCUCGCGAUCAUCGCUACCUCGGCUUCAUCACAAAGCAUCCUACUCUGCAGAGGUUUGCUUGCCACGUGUUCAUUGGUCAGGAAUCCACGAGACCAGUCGCCGAAGCUGUCGGACGCGCUUUUCAUCGGUUCUACACAAAAUUCAUCGAGACUGCUUUCCCAAUAGAGGACAUCUACAUUGAAUAAAUUGCUCUCGGCCUGAUAUAUAACGCGCGGCUGCAGAGAAAAUGAUAAAUCUCACACACACUUCCCUCUUGUCCCAUGUACAUAUCGUCCGCUAAUUGUAGAUAUAAAAAUAAUAAACGCGAAUCAAACACCCAAUUUAUACAUAUAUUGAAUAUAUGUAUAUCUAUGUGUACUAAGCGUUUUUGAGAAGCGUCGACGGGUUCAAUUUUCCAUAAUAGCAUAUUCUGUUCUUAAACAAUUAUACUUUUGUGAUUUUAAUUUGCUUUGUGUACUGCGCUGAAGAAGAUCCAAAAAAUUGGGUCGAAACGUUCGCUUUUUU